AUGCCGUUGUUGAUGAUGUUUUGUACAUGUCGCUCAUUUUCUCCUCACCCCCCCUCCCCCUCCCAUUCAGCGGAGCCGCUCGGAAUCAACAUCGCCGCGGAAAGCUUCAACCAAAGCGGAGAUACACCGUUCGGUCCCCUCGAGAGGCUCGGGGUCCCCGAACUGCAAGAUGGUCUGCACGCCUUCGGAAUCUACGCGAACGUGGAGGCCGCGACGGUCUACUCCCUCUACACCGCGGACAUGGAAAGGGUCUACCUCCGUCUCCGAGCCACCUUCAGAAACUCACUGCGGCUGCCGAUCAGCCCCUUCUCUAGCUCGACCUGUCAGGCGUUUUCGGACGUAGGGUACCGCGGGGACCGGGGGGAGGUGGAGAUAGAGGUCCUGGAAGGCGCCCAUCGCAGCCAACACUGA